AUGAAAAUGGUGAACGUUUCCAGAACCAGCAGUCAAACAGGAAUUACUUCCAGGACCAACAGUCUAAUAGGGACAACUUCCAGAACCAACAGUACUACAGACAAAAUUCCCAGAAUCAAAACGGAAAUGAUCUCCAGUUCAAGAACAAUGAUAGGAAUGACUAUUCCAGUCAACGUUAUGGAUCCAACAGCAAUUACUUCAACAAUGAUCAGUACAAUUCCCAAAGGAGUUUGUAUUCCAGGGAUUCAAACAACUUCCAGUCCUUUGCUCAACGUUAUGGAAACACAAACAAACAGAAUUAUAACCAGUACAACACCAAUUACAAUAACAACCAGCAAUACUCAACUCCAGAGAAAUAACAACUACAACAGUACAAACGAGGACACAUCACAAUACACCUCAGGUAGAUAUGGCAACAACUAUUACAACUCUCAGGAACAGAACAGCAAAGACAACAGACACAACAACAACAAUAACUGGAACAGAGAUUCAAACUACAGCAACAGCCCUGACUACUACCAGAGGUCACAACAGUACCAACAAGUAAAUCAGUUCCAGAGGUCACAGUACAACAGAGAAGGUCAGUACCAGGGUUCCCGGUUCUCACAGAACCAGCAGAGAAGCCUGACCCAGCAGAACUCAAGGCAGAACUCCCAGUUCUACUCUCGCCAGAACUUCCAGAAUCAGAACAGACGGACGACGACGAUGCAGCCCCUUCUGAUCCUGUUAGUCUGUGUGGGCGUGGCCCUCCUGCCAGGAUGGGUCUACAUCCUGGAUUCCAGAGGCGUCGACGCCCAGCAGGGGCUCCAUUCCAGCGCGACAGCUCUACGACAAACUACGAGGCCUUCUCAGACGCCUUUCAGGCGACGAUCUCAGGAGAUGGCCAGGGAGUACAGCUUGGACCAGACCGUCUACAACGACCCUAACCCCGAGUACACCUGGGCUUAUGCCGUCGACGCCAAAUCCACCGGGGACAUGAAGUCUGCCAGAGAGGAGCGUCGAGGGGACGUCGUUGUGGGUCAGUAUUCUGUCAUGGACCCUGAUGGCACUCUGCGCCACAGUCGACUACUCGGUCGCUCCAGGCAGCAGUACAACCAGAAUCAACAAUCGUACAGGAAUCAAAACCAGGAAUCUCGACCCCUGAAUCAGAGGAACGACAGGAAUGAUUACCAAAAUCAGUUCCAGAACCAGCAAUACAGAUAUGAAAAUGGUGAACGUUUCCAGAACCAGCAGUCAAACAGGAAUUAUUUCCAGAGUCAGCAAAACUACAGACAGAAUUCCCAGAAUCAAAACAGGAAUGAUCUUCAGUUCAGGAACAAUGAUGGGAAUGACUAUUCCAAUCAACGUUAUGGAUCCAACAGCAAUUACUUCAACAACGAUCAGUACAAUUCCCAAAGGAGUUUGUAUUCCAGGGAUUCAAAUAACUUCCAGUCAUUUGCUCAACGUUAUGGAAGCACAAACAGUCAAAAGUACAACCAGUAUAGUUCUACUUACAAUAACAACCAGCAAUCUCAACUCCAGAGAAAUAACAAUUACAACCAGUACAACAGAGACUCAUCACAAUACACUUCAGGUAGAUAUGGCAACAACUAUUACAACUCUCAGGAACAGAACAGCAGAUACAACCUGAACAACCAGAACAGAAACAACCAAUACAACCGAAAUCAGAAUGAAAACCAGUAUUACAGAAUCCAGCAGAGGAACAACCAGAAACAACAGUACAAUAACAACAACAACAAUAACUGGAACAGAGAUUCAAACUACAACAACAACCCUGACUACUACCAGAGGUCACAACAGUACCAACAAGGAAAUCAGUUCCAGAGGUCACAAUACAACAGAGAAGGUCAGUUCCAGAGGUCACAGUACAACAGAGAAGAUCAGUACCAGGGUUCUGGCUUCCCACAGAACCAGCAGAGAAGCCUGACCCAGCAGAACUCAAGACAGAACUCCCAGUUCUACUCUCGCCAGAACUUCCAGAAUCAGAAUAGGUACAGCCAGAACUACUCUCCCAUCAGUGUGGUUCUAGCCUGA